AUGUCCGCCAACGAAAUGGUUGACUGGCACUCUCAUCUCCAAACCCCUGUCAUCUUCAACCACCACGAACCAUACGAAGUCAACAACACUUCUAUCCAGAACAUCAACCUAAACCUCGUCAAGGCUACUCCCAAAGCUGCUGCAAUGGAGGAACGUGUCCUCAUCCUCACUCCACUCCGCAACGCCGCCAGACAUCUCGAUAAAUACUUCGAUCUACUAUCCAUGCUCACGUACCCACAUCACCUCAUCGAUAUUGCAUUCCUAGUCAGUGAUAGUAACGACGAGACUCUCGCUGACCUCGCUUCCAACCUCAACCGUGUCCAGUCGAUGCCAGAUAAUAUCCCGUUCCGCAGUGCCAUGGUCGUUGAGAAGGAUUUUGGUGCCACCCUUAACAUGGAUGUGAAUGCUAAGCACGGAUACGAGGCUCAGGCUCCCAGACGGAAGAUGAUGGGCAAGGCCAGAAACUUCUUGCUUUCCACUGCUCUGAAACCUGAACAUUCUUGGGUUUACUGGAGAGAUGUGGAUAUCGCCGACAGUCCACCAAAGAUUAUUGAAGACUUUGUCCUUCACAACAAGGAUAUUCUUGUUCCCAACGUCUGGUUCCAUCGAUAUGUAGAUGGUCACGAUAUCGAAGGAAGAUUUGAUUACAACUCCUGGGUCGAAUCUGACAAAGGCCGAAAAUUGUCUCAAAGCCUAGACAGAGAUACCAUUAUUGUCGAGGGAUACCGAGAAUUCGAUACCGGACGCCGACAUAUGGCUAGAGAAGGCGACUGGAGGAGAAACAAGGAUGAAGAGCUCGAAUUGGACGGUAUUGGUGGUGUCAAUAUCGUUGUCAAGGCCGAUGUUCACCGAGCAGGAAUCAACUUCCCGUCUUAUGCAUUCGAGAACCAAGCUGAAACCGAGGGAUUCGCUAAGAUGGCCAAGAGGGCAGGAUACCAAGUCUUCGGUUUGCCCAACUACGUCGUCUGGCAUCAUGACACAAAUGAAAAGCCAGGAAACGUUUAA